CUUGAGCACGUACAUGACAUUAAACGACCCGGAAACCGGUGAUCUUCUGUAGUCCCUGGUUGUAGGAGCUGCUGGUCACACAAAACCAUAACAUGUCCUGACCCGACUCUCAAUCACUUCCAGAUGGUUUACGUCCUUCACCAUGGCUGAGAGCUUGCUAAUGGAGGUGUGUGUGGACUCCGUGGAGUCUGCAGUCAAUGCUGAGCGAGGAGGUGCAGGUCGACUUGAGCUGUGUUCAAGUCUUCUGGAGGGAGGGCUCACCCCCAGUCUAGGUCUGCUACAGGUGGUGAAGCAGUACAUCAAAAUCCCAGUUUAUGUGAUGAUAAGGCCUCGUGGGGGCGACUUCCUUUACUCAGACCGGGAAGUGGAGGUGAUGAGGAAGGACAUAGAGUUGAUGAAGAGCAAAGGAGCCGAUGGACUGGUGCUGGGAGCCCUGACAGAGGACGGACGAGUAGAUGGAGAGCUUUGCAUGGAGCUAUUGGCUGCUGCUCGACCUUUGCCUGUCACCUUCCACCGAGCUUUUGACAUGGUUCACGACCCAGCAGUCGCUCUGGAGGCUCUGAUAUCGUUAGGGUUUGAGCGUGUGUUGACAAGUGGCUGCGAUUGCUCUGCUUUGGAGGGACUGCCUCUCAUUAAACGACUCGUUGAUCAGGCUAAAGGAAGAAUUAUUGUAAUGCCAGGAGCGGGUAUCACAGAAAGAAACUUGCAGAGAAUACUUGAAGGGUCGGGAGCUGAGGAGUUUCACUGUUCAGCCCGCUCCAGCAGGGACUCCACAAUGAAGUUUAGGAACACUUGCGUGACGAUGGGAGCGACUUUAUCAGCUCCUGAGUACGGCCUGAAGGUGUCAGAUGUGAGCAAAGUCCGGGCUCUGAACGCAAUCGCGAAAAAUACCUUGUGAUUGCUUUCUACACAGACGUGAGAAGAAUAUCUCAGAAUUUGGGGGGGAAUAACACCCCUGAUGUUUGGUUAUUUAUUUUCACGAAUGCAUUUCCAAACUGCUACAAGUGUGUUUUUAGAUUUCCUUUUUGAAGGAAAGGUCACCAAUCGGUCCCUGUAUCAUUGGAGUUGCAGCAGAGUGCUGCAGCCUUCAUUUGAAGAAUCUCACAAAGCAAGAGCUGUGAAUGAUUAACAAUUAUUUUUGUACACAUUUGACCCCAGGGUGCAAAACAUGCCAAAAACUCAACAAUAAAACCGGGAGAAGGCCAAAAUGGUUAUCAGUGUAACAGAAAGCAUUAAUAACAAAAAGCUGCAUUUUUACUAAAUAUUUUCUGAGAUGUUUCUGGUCUGUUUUCUGUGUUUUGUCCAGUCUUGUGUUUUAUACCUGAAGGCUGAAUGCCAAAAGGAAAUCUAUGAGACUGCUAUUUUAAUAACUGUUCAUACAAAUGUUUCAGUGUGUGCUUAUUAAAACAUUUGUGAACAAAACCAA